AUGGCUCCGGCUCCGGAAGCCUAUUUCGCGUCCCUGGAUAAAUGUUUCUCUGGGGACGCACAGCUUCUAUCUUGGAGACGUGCAUUUAUUGCACUCUCGUCUUCGCCAGAGUACCACAGUGAUGCCGAAUACAUCACAUCCUUCUUGUCCCAUCCAGAAAGCGUCCGAUCGCUUUCGAAUUGCUUCACGCCUUUCGAUUCUCCUUCUCCAAAGUCCAAAUCCGAAUUCGAGUCCAAAACAGCCGCUAUCCAUGUGGAUACAUCACCACAGGCAGCUUAUAAAAUAGAAGAGAUCAAGUCCGAUGCUCUGUGGUUGAGUCAAAAAGCUGGAAUCGACGAGGUAUCAGCACUCCGAAUCACGGUCCAAGAAUGGCAGAGUAGACCCAACACCCGACUUCUAGGGAGACUCUCCGAAGAAGAAGCAACCAGUUUACAAGAUGCAACGAGUGUGGAUAGUUUUCGCGUUUCCUUGGCCGGACCGCAGUUAAAAGAAGUUCUGAAAAAAGUGCACGGGGGCUCAGAUGCAGAUUUCUAUUCUGAAAAGUCCAGACGUAUACGCCUGCGGAGCUUAUACUUGUCGGAAAGGAGUCAUAUUCUUAAAAUCUCCAGAAAAUUACUGGCGCUUACUCUGCAUGGGAAAGUUCCAGCUGAUGCUUCCCAAAUACCGCUUACACACGCAGACCAAGGUCCCAUAAAGGACGGUCUUGCAAGCCUCGGGGAACAGUUAUUCAAAGAUAAACUUGGAGAAGCCGAAAACAGUCGAUUUUUACUUGAAGCGAUUGAGGCCAUUGAAAAGCGUGCCUCCGAUUUUCAGGCUGAAGGUGGCUGGUUGUCUGCCUCUGAGAGCAACAUUGAGUCAGAGAAUGCUUGGCGAACAGCUCUUGUUGAUGAGAUUGUACACAUCAUGCAGAUUAUCUUCUUGCAUGUUCAAUCGUCUGAUUUGUUACCGACUGGAGAGGUUAUUUUGGCCUGGUUACGGCUCAUGGCUGAAUAUAGCUUCAUGGAGCCUAUCAACCCGCCAUGUGAGGACCCAAUUGUUCUCAGACUUUCCCUGCAAGUUGUCACUUCCGUCACGACCCUAGGUUUGCUCAAGCUUCCUGAUUCCAUGACAUUGGUUUUGAAGAAUGCCAAAUUGUCGCAAGCCGAAGCUUUGUCGCAUUCUAAGCCGUAUUUUCUAUCCCGUGCACACAUUACAGAGAUCAACGAGGUGCUUUUGAAUGCUGUUAAUAUGGAAGUACUGAGUGCUAGUCCUGCGGCCUUUGCCUGGGGCGCAAUACUUUAUCAAAUGCGAGAAAUAGCACAAAUUGCGAAAGAGACCCGAGAAAUGGAGCAGUUUCACAGCGCAGUCGAUUCGUUCCAAGCUAAUUUACCCGCCACAUCUUCAUCUCGCUCGUUAGAGCAGACGUUUUAUGAAGACUUAUUAGAUAUUGCCCGAGUCCCUGCUUAUGGAGAUGACUUUGUUGGCGUGCUGACCUUGGGAGCUAUUGAAAGAGGCCAGCUAUUCGAAGUCAUUAAUAAUAUCGCUUCCGCUGCCGGGUCAGCCUCCGCCGUUGAUGAUUUGGCAACCAAUUUGUGGAUUCGCAAUUCCUUGAUGAGUAUUAUUCGCGUGAGCUCACAAUUGAUAGAUUACUCUCCAGAAAUUCUAGCGUCGACUUUGUCAAUCUUGAAGUCAUCAACGAAUCCUCUUGAAGGAUACAACGACUCUAUCACUCAGCCAAGCGACCCCCGUUUCAUUUUCCUAAACGAUGAGAAUCUCAUGGGUCGAAUAUUCCACAUCGCUCGCUCUCGUUUUCCGUAUGAAUCAGUGCCGUUCCUUCAAUUAUGUCGAGCUUUAACUGGAAAAGACGAAAUCAAUGAGAGCGGUGCUGAUGGUAUCUUAAACGAAUUGGAUACCAUGGAAACUUUCACUCAAAUGGUGUCACCGGACUUCCAGGGGUACGAAACUAUACGUGAAGACGAAAAUGCCAAUUUUGUUUCACUUGUCCAGCCGAUUCCCAUGAUUGCCUCGACAACCGCGAAACUAAAUGAAAAUACCGGUACAGAGACCGCGCUUGUUGUUACAGGCUCUUCACAGCUUCAGCCAACAACAACCGGCCAGGUAGUUUCAGAAUCAAAGCCUGCCGUUAUCAUGUGGUAUCAUAAAUACUCUUGUAUAACCUUCCUCGGUAGCUGGCUAGAAAAAUGGUCAACCAAUGGCGGCCACAUGCCUAACGCUGACGAUGAAGCCAUCGCUGAGAUCAUCGGGCUGCUCACUGAUCUAAUGGCUGCGUGCCAAACCACGGAAGAUGGCAAUGGCCCAAGAAAGAUACUUGAACUUGCUAGUGAAGGUUUGAAUGAACGUAGCGACAUUGUGUCCGUGAUUUUCGAUAUCUUGGAACGAAAUCUACAAAGUGUUGGCGAUUCGCUCGAUGUGGUCGUGGCCUGCUUGCGAUUUCUGCGAGCUCUUGUUUCUUUUCUUCCAAGUCGCGCGUGGCCCUUCUUAUCUCGGAGUAGCCUGUUAGGCCAAGGUGGUCAAGGAGGCCGUUUCUCUGCAAUUGUGCAAGCGAGCGAAGUGACGUCGGGUAAUUAUCCUUUUCUCCUCAGCUGUGUCGAUCUCUUCGGUGCAGUUGUGGAAGAUGCGAUAUCGAACGCUGCAGUACGGAAAAUGGCGGCACGCACGAUUACUAGGUCCGGUGAUUCCUCCGAUAGGACCGCCGGUGUGCCAUCUCAUGUCAUCAGCAAAGUACUCUCAGAUUUUGUGCGUGUCAUGGUUGAAAUAUACAACAGUUCUGGAAAUUGGCGGUUUAAUCAACCGGAGCAUAGGCUUCAGGUGAAUGCCGUGUUGGCCGAGAACUUUGAAAGAAUCAUCUACUAUACGUAUGGUAUUGACGAAACGGUAAAUGCUCAGUCAAAGAUUUCAGCAGUCUUUGAGCAGUCAGCUGAAUACAUCCUCGACGUGCUGCGACCUCAGUCAAAGGAUGAGUUGCCAUUAAACCCCGUCUUACGUAUUAUCCUGGAUGGCCUUCAAACUCCGACAAGCACCAUCUACCUUCGCCAGUUACUUUGCUAUGAACACCAGCUGAUCGCCACACUCAGGUUAGCUAUAAAAUUGAUUCAAGCAGCGCAGCUGGCUGGGUCAGCUGCAUCUCUCCUUGAAGAUCAACUUUUUAAGGCAUCUCCUAUCCUUGUCAAACUUUACAGCGCCCAUGACCGCUACCGUUUACCUGUGGUAACUCUUUUAGAGAUGUUGAUCACGAACGCAGCAUUAGAUCUUGAAAACGAGCCAGCUUCCUUCCUUGGCCAUCUAGGCGCAGAAUCGACAUGCCUUUUCCUUGACAUGCUCGCACAAUUCGACAAGCCUUUACCUAACAUGACCUUGCUGGUGUCAAUAUGGCGACUUCUGUCUGCAUUUGUCAGUAAACGUCAGCAAUGGGUUGCUAUAUAUCUCCUUACGGGAAGUUCACCUCGUGACACAUUGAAACUGAGCACCGGCGACGACAAAGCUCCGAAGAUGCGGAAUACUCCAUUCCUCAAAACAGCACUCAACUCUUUGACAAAUAUCGACCACCUCGACCCUCUGGUUUCGUUGUCACUACUUGAAUUCAUUUCCUGCUCACAGGAGCAUUGGCCUUGGGCAACUCCUCAGUUAGGCAACCAUUCUAACUUUUUUAGCUCCAUUGUGAGCUACGUUUCUCACUUGAAACUCGACAGUGAGACAGUUACAACCCAGAUUAAUAUGAUACAAAUUGCAGCCAUUACAGCCAACCUGUGUGCUGUUUACCUGCACUCAGCGAAGGAGGCUAGGGAUCAGACGUUUGUCAAGAUGCUGGUACCACUAGUCUCCUGGUACGCCGAAAACGCAGUGGACGUCUCCGGUUACAACGCGUCCCUUCACGCUAACUUAAAGAGAAAUUUCGAAAUGAAAUACGCAGGAUGCCAUCUUCAACAAUUGAAGCGCACGGCCCUUGAGAUACGACCACUAGGGAGAAAGGAUCAAGGUUUUGCAGAUGAGUUUGAGCGAGCGAACCUCAAUCUGUCUCUGGUGGAAGCACAAGUAAAUCUGUUCAAUAGUUGGAAGUUUUUCGCGAUCGAGCAUGCAACCGACUUUACUCCUGAUCAAGAAAUUCAAAAAUCCAUGGCGCUAAUCGUGCGGAAUUGUUUACUUGCAAACACCCGUGCAGUCCCUGAGGAGCCUAUUUUUUCGAAGCUGCAAACGUCUCGUGUUGAUUUUGCUCUUUCAAUGCUUCAAAGAUUGGUCGAGUUUGGUGCUCAUGGUCCGCAAAUGGUUGGAUUGCUGGCCACUGUGUGGGAAACAAUGCGCUCUUGUGGCACUACGUACGAAAAUGCCUUGAUUCAUGACCAUACAGAGUAUUACCGUGGUUUACUCAACGUUCUUUUCCUCGCGCUUCAGUUUCAUGUCACCAAACCAUCAGCAGCAGCCCCGGAGUCUAGGAAUAAGAAGAAGGGGAAACCUGACCUUUCACCAGAUCUCUCUAUUAUAUUAGAGGUGAUUAAGAUUGUGAUUGCACAGGGCUUCCGGUCGCUCACAACAUAUUUGCAUGACGAACCGCAACGUUGCUCGCCCAAGGAUUUUGCCAUCAUCACGGCAAUCUUGCAGACGGCCCUGCGAGUCAAGGAUGCGGAGAGAUUAUAUGAACACAUUGUGUUUCACAUUGAAGAUAAUGACACCGCUAGAUACGCGACUACUCUGUUCUCGUGGGCAGAUCAGUUGACAGUUGAAGGCGAUCCAGUAUACGGCGAACUAAGCAUUAUCUUCUUGGUGGAACUUUCUGCCAUUCCCAUGUUGGCGGAAUAUUUAGCAGUUGAAGCGGUGCUCAUGAAACUAUCCACAAGUCGACUAACGCGCAUCCUUGGGCAAGCCAAAAGCUUCGGUCCCUUUGACCCGGUGCCUCGACUAUAUGCGAUUUGGAGAGAGGGGUUCUUGCCUCUGUGUCUCAAUCUUCUCUUUCACGUUAGUCGCGCUGCAUCGGAAGUCGCGGCAUUUCUCAAUCAAUUUGAAGGGCGACUGACUCAAGCAGCUGAGUCAUUUUCUAGUAUGCACGCACCUACAACCACAUUAUCAUCGUCUCAGCACCCUGAGAAACGAAUCUGUCUAUCGAUGGCGUCUGAGGCAUACUCCCUGACACUAAUUUCAUUCAUUCUCGAGCGAUACCGAGCCGCCGGACCAAGUGCUGGAGUCGAUAGCCAAGCCAUCCAAGAAUUGAAAUGGGAUAAAUCGCAGCUCAAAGAGGACAUUGAAGAGCUGCUUAGUCGGCGCACCAGUCUGCGAACUCGUAUUGUGGCUACCAACGAGAAGGAAGUGGAGUUGGCUCGUCAAAAGCCACUUCAUGCGGGUGCUGAGAGUCGCCUUGAGGAAAAGAUAGUAGAUGAGUUACAAGCUGCAUUGACUUGUUUGUCAGGUGACAAAUUAUGA